UGAAGCAAUGAGAUGGGAGUAAGGUGGCAAAGAGUGGUGAAUAUAGAAGAGGUAUUGAGGAGGUACAUAGGGUUGAGAAGAUCAACAAGAGAUACGAAAAAGUCGAACGAUAGAGGAUGUCUGUAUUACCGAGCUUUGGUUUCAAAUCGAGACAGCGGGUUGUUAAGAGGGACAGGAUUGUCUAGAUGUACUCCAUCGUGGCUUACCGAUAGGCAUAUUUUCCAUGGGAACAUAUUAGGGAUGAGUACAUUGUCUAGAACAGAGAGGUUUAAUAGGGAUAUUCUGUCGAAUGUUGAUAGACGAGCGUCUUUUCUGCUUGGUCGCGAACUAGUACGGUCCUAUGCAACUAAAAACAGCAGUGAUAUUUUUGUGCAAGCAUUCGCCCAUCAGGAGCAGCCUCGUAUUCCUAUUCCUAGACCUAAGCAAGCAUCUAGCAAAAUGCGUUCACGUUAUAGAAAUCGUGAUUUUUUGGAGUCAGUAGCCCAUAGACGACAGGCUCAGACUUCUAUUAGAAAACUCUAUCCAAUUUGCCGAAUGAUUAAACGCGCUCCUGUUGAUAAAGCUCUACGUCUGUUAGAUAUCUAUCCCCAAAAAGCCGCUUCUUUCGUCAGAGAGGCCGUUAUUUGCGCAAGGAAUAAUGCUGUACAUAGAAAAUUCCAUGCAGAAGAUCUUUAUAUUGCACGUAUUGUUCUUGGCCGCGGCCCUUACUUGAAACGACUGAUUCCACAUUCCAAGGGACGGGCUGGUCUGAUCACUAUCCCCUACACUCAUAUUAGCGUCUUUGUUCGGCCAAGAGUGCUGAAGCCGGAUAAGCAGCUCAAGGAUCCCAUGGAAACUAAAGAAGUUCCCGUGGAGGAGGAAUUGAGAGAACCGGUCAAAGAAGAAAAACCUAAACGAACAUGGUGGCCAUUUAGCAAAAAAUAAGCUAUAAC